AUGUAUCUUUGGAACCAGCUUGUGCUGGCAGUGCUUCCAGCGGUACUGCCCAAUACUCUUGGCCAGAACGUUUUGGACCUGGGCGGCGAUGGAUGGACUGUCAGUAGCAAGGCGCUAAACAUCAGUGUUCCUGGCAAUGUUCCCUCGCAGGUGCAUUUGGAUCUUCUUGAUGCGAAUGUGAUCGCGUUGACUGAUCUAACAAAAACAGAUGAUCCUUACCAUGGUCUCAAUGACUUCAACUUGCGUUGGGUCGCGGAGCACAAUUGGACUUAUACCAGUAAAUCAAUUGAUGGCUUGUCAACUACCUCCAAAUCCUCAUGGCUUGUGUUUAAUGGGCUUGACACUUUCACAACAAUUGAAUUUUGCGGUCAAUUUAUAGGGACUACAAAUAACCAGUUCCGACAGUACACAUUUGACAUUUCCAAUGCGCUGAAACGUUGCAAAGGCUCUCCAAGCGUCUCUCUCGAGUUUGGAAGUGCCACCAAGAUCGCAAAUGCAAUUGCCGCUGAUCCAAGCUCUCAAAAAUGGCCUAGCGGUGUUCAAGGAACCUUUGAAUUCCCUAACCGCUGGUACAUUCGCAAAGAACAGUCCGACUUUGGCUGGGACUGGGGCCCAGCAUUCUCCCCUGCUGGCCCAUGGCAAAAUAUCUACCUGGUGCAAUCUGAGGCCGAAGAAGAUGUAUAUGUUCUCAACACAGGCUUCGACAUUUAUCGAAAGGGCCAGAUCAAUCAUCUUGCUCCUGAUCAAAGUCAGCCUUGGGUUGUGAAUGCAAGUAUCGACUAUCUUGGGUCUCUACCUAGACAUCCAUCCAUGUCUAUCGAGAUUAAGGACCUCGAGUCUGGCAAAACAUUGAAGUCCGCAUCGCUCGACAAUGUUGUUGUAUCUGGACAAACCAUCACCGGUACCACCAUAGUUGAUGCCGAUGCACCGAACCUCUGGUGGCCCACAGGAAUGGGCAAGCAAAGCCUAUACAACAUGACAGUCACUAUCCAGAGCGCAGAUGAUGACCUCGCCAGCGUAACUAGACGCAUUGGCUUCCGCACUAUUUUCCUCAAUCGAUCCAAUAUCACCGAUGAACAGUUAGCUCAGGGUAUCGCACCCGGCGCGAAUUGGCAUUUCGAGGUAAACGGUCAUGAAUUUUACGCCAAGGGCUCAAACCUCAUUCCACCAGAUGUUUUCUGGCCGCGAGUCACUGAGGCGAAGAUGCAGCGAUUAUUUGAUGCAGUUGUUGCUGGAAAUCAAAAUAUGCUUCGAGUCUGGGCUUCGAGCGCAUACCUUCCGGAUUUCAUGUACGAUCUCGCCGACGAACGCGGAGUAUUGCUGUGGAGCGAGUUCCAAUUCAGCGAUGCAUUGUAUCCCACAGACAAACCGUUUCUUGAUAAUGUUGCCGCCGAGGUUGUCUACAAUGUAAGACGAGUCAACCACCAUCCAUCCUUGGCUUUAUGGGCUGGUGGAAACGAGCUUGAAAGUUUGGAAUUACCAGCCGCUAAGAAACAUGAUCCUGAAUCAUAUCCCCGCUUGGUUGGCGAUUAUGAGCACCUUUUUAUCUCUCUGAUUCUUCCGUUGGUGUACGAGAAUUCGCGAUCGAUUUCAUACAUGCCCAGUAGCACCAACAACGGAUUCCUAGAUGUUGAUCUGUCGGCCCCAGUUCCCAUGACCGAGCGUUACGAUAACGGAUAUUACUACGGUGAUACAGACUACUACAACUACGACAGCAGUGUAGCAUUUGACUUCACCGGUUACCCAGUCGGUCGCUUCGCCAACGAAUUCGGCUACCACAGCAUGCCGAGUCUACAAACAUGGCAACAAGCAUUGGACGACGAAGACCUCCACUUCAACAGUAGCACCAUCAUGCUCCGGAAUCACCAUUACCCAGCAGGCAGUCCAGACACCCACAAUUACAAGAAUACAUCUCUGGGCAUGGCCGAGAUGACCCUAGCGGUAGAAAGAUACUACCCGAUUCCCAAUAAACAAGACUCAAUCGCCAACUUCAGCGCCUGGUGUCACGCAACCCAGCUUUUCCAAGCCGACAUAUACAAAUCCGAAAUCCAGUUCUAUCGUCGCGGAAGCGGAAUGCCAGAGCGUCAGCUCGGUGCCUUGUACUGGCAACUCGAAGAUAUAUGGCAGGCUCCGACGUGGGCUGGAAUUGAGUAUGACGGUCGCUGGAAGGUUUUACACUACGUAGCACGCGACAUCUUCAAACCUCUCAUUGUAUCGCCGUUCUGGAAUUAUACCACUGGACAUCUGGCUAUCUAUGUGACAUCGGAUCUCUGGGAGACAGCUCGGGGAUCUGUGAAGCUUACAUGGAUAGACUUGUCUGGCAAGUCGAUACCAGGGAAUGCGGGUACACCUUUGGUUAAGGAGUUCUCUGUUGGAGCACUCAAUACUACCAGUAUCUACGAAGCUAAUUUAGCAAGCCUAUCUGUGCCCGAUGCGAAAGAUGCGGUCCUUGUCAUGGAACUCACUGCUGAAGGCCGUCUACCAAACGCCGAAAAGAAGACUCCGACUACGUUCACACACCGAAACCAGUUUACGCCUGUCUUUCCUAAGAAUUUGGCACUGAAAAACCCGGAACUUAAGCUGUCUCGUGAUGUUCGGGCUGGCACGUUUACCGUCGAGGCUCGUAAUGCGGUUUCGUUGUACACAUGGCUUGACUAUCCCGCUGGUGUGGUGGGAUACUUUGAGGAUAACGCGUUCUCUUUAAUUCCUGGUGAGAAGCGGACUCUUCGAUUUGUUGUACAGAGGGAUGAGACUGGGGGAAAGUGGGUGCAUGGUGUUACGGUGCGUAGUCUGUGGGAUCAAACUACCGAAACUUGA